AUGAAAUGGAACGGCUACCGCGACACGACCAUCGACACGAGGAACAUCAUGGAGCUGCGGAUGAACCUGCUGGUCCGGGACGUCCAGGACACUCCGCCUUUUUUCGCUUCAGCUCCGGCCCUGCUGCGGGUCAGCAACAGCGCCAAACCGGGGGACGUGAUCGGCACUUUCCGCGCCCUGGACGGUGAUCGACAAAAUCCGCGGGAGAUCAGGUACCGACUGGUACCCAACGGUCUCGGAUACGACUCCUACUUCAGUAUGGAUCCCGUGUCAGGUAACCUAUCGGUGACGUCAUCACUGACUGGCCUGCUGACGUCACGCCUGGAGCCAAUGACUGUGACGGUCUCCGCCGAAGAAGUGACCACGUCGCUCUCAGAACGUGGUGAAUCGGCUCAAAGAGAUGUGGUGGUAAUCAGGGAGGACGCCGCGCAUCAGGCUCCACAGUUUCGGCCGGGAUUGUACGAGACGCAGCUCUUUGAGAAUCCUGCUAUCGGAACCCUGCUGAACUUCGAUCCACCUCUGGAAACAACGGGCCAGCGCGGAUCCUUCACCCUCACAAUUGUCGGUGACUUGGCGUCCCGCUGUUUUGAGGUAGACCCACCGAUACAGACCAGGGAGGGUCAGUUUUACAUACGAGUGAAGAAUAAAGAUCUACUCGACUUCGAGGAGCUUCCCAAUCCGGUGCUCGUCUUUAGUGUUCGUGCCGAUGAGGUGGAUCCUGAGCGGAGGUCGGGUCGACUUCUCACCAGCUUAGCCAACAUUAGCGUCACUAUACUCGACCAGAACGACAACCCGCCCGUGUUUGAGAAGACGCUCUACCCGGCUACGUUCAUGGAGAACGUCGUACGAGGCACUACCGUUCUCAGGGUAUCAGCCACGGACGCGGACCAAUCAGACGCCGGCCGGGUCACCUACACUCGACUGACGGGUGACAACGCGGCAGAUCUAAAUUUAGAUCCCAGCACAGGGGAUAUUACGAUCAAAUUCAACAACCACGAGUUCGACUUCGAGAGACAGGAAGAUUACCAGCUUCAAGUGUACGCGGUGGAUAGCGGUCGACCCCAGCUGACUGGCAGCGCUUCAAUCAUACUCAGCGUGCAGGAUUUCAACGAUCAUUUUCCUGUGUUUACCAAGACGCUGUACAACGGAAAGCUGAAUCCCGAUGGCAACGGCUUCGAGGAACCGCUGAUUGUUCAUGUGAUCAGAAGUGCUUUAUGUUGA